ACGUACAUAGCUGUUCCAGCUGAAAUACUUGGAAUAAUUCUACCACUUCUACUAGGAGUAGCCUUUUUAGUGCUAGCUGAACGUAAAGUAAUGGCUUUUGUGCAACGUCGAAAGGGUCCUGAUGUAGUGGGAUUGUUCGGAUUGUUACAACCUCUAGCAGAUGGUUCGAAAUUGAUUCUAAAAGAACCUAUUUCACCAAGUAGUGCUAAUUUCUCCCUUUUUAGAAUGGCUCCAGUGGCUACAUUUAUGUUAAGUCUGGUCGCUCGGGCCGUUGUACCUUUUGAUUAUGGUAUGGUAUUGUCAGAUCCGAACAUAGGGCUACUUUAUUUGUUUGCCAUAUCUUCGCUAGGUGUUUAUGGAAUUAUUAUAGCAGGUCGGUCUAGUAAUUCGAAAUAUGCCUUUCUAGGAGCAUUACGAUCUGCAGCUCAAAUGGUCUCUUAUGAAGUCUCUAUUGGUCUUAUUCUUAUUACUGUACUAAUAUGUGUAGGUCCCCGUAAUUCGAGUGAGAUUGUCAUGGCGCAAAAGCAGAUAUGGUCUGGUAUUCCCUUGUUCCCUGUAUUGGUUAUGUUCCUCAUUUCUUGUCUAGCAGAAACUAAUCGAGCUCCGUUUGAUCUCCCAGAAGCGGAAGCUGAAUCAGUUGCAGGCUAUAAUGUAGAAUAUUCUUCAAUGGGGUCUGCUCUUUUUUUUUUGGGAGAGUAUGCCAAUAUGAUCUUAAUGAGUGGUCCAUGCACAUCGCUCUCUCCAGGAGGUUGGCCGCCUAUCCUAGAUCUUCCCAUUUUCAAAAAGAUCCCGGGCUCGAUCUGGUUUAGUAUCAAGGUGAUUCUCUUUCUCUUUCUAUAUAUAUGGGUCCGUGCAGCAUUUCCACGAUAUCGUUAUGAUCAAUUAAUGGGACUUGGCCGGAAAGUGUUCUUGCCUCUAUCAUUAGCUCGGGUAGUCCCCGUUUCUGGUGUUUUAGUCACCUUUCAAUGGCUCCCUUAA